AUGAUCCAUCCGAAGUUUGACGACAAUAUAGUGAACGAUAUAGCGCUAUUAAGUCUUGCUUCUGCAGUUCCUCUCGCUAAUAAUCCUCAUAUAAAUUUCGCAUGCUUGCCUCUAGAAGUUCCCAAAGUCAAGAGGAGAUGCGGGGUCUCUGGAUGGAGUGAAGAGUCCUAUGAUCAUCUUGAAGCUUUGAUAUAUAUGAAAGAAGUUGAUGUACCAAUUGUUGACAAUAAUAAAUGCGAAGCGCGGUUGCAAACAACAAGAUUGUCUCAUAAUUUUAAAUUGGACAAAAAAAGUUCUAUUUGUGCUGAGGGCGAACCGGAAAAAGAUUCUUGCUCGGGUGACGGAGGCGCUCCUCUUGUCUGCGAACGAACGUAUGCGUUUUAUGCAUUAGCACGUGUCGCAUUCUUUUCUCUCUCCCCUCUCUGCUGGGUCCGUCGUUAG